GUUGCCAUGGUGAAUGUAGGAAGGGCGGGGGCGAAGGGGCCCGGCGGCAACACCCACCGGAAACAAAGUCCGCAAUGGCACCCGCAGAAAUGAAUUGGAGCGAGACCUGACUUAAUUCUGGGGGGGAUCCGGUUCCUUAAAUUACAACCCUAAAUGUGUUUUCGGCGCAUCUGCAACCGCCUGCUGCAUCCGAUGUGUUUCCAACACCGCACGUCGGGCUAUUCCGGAAAAGAUUCGGGUCGGACUCAGUGAUUAUUUGGGAAAACAGCAGCGGAUUCGGUGAGUGGGAGGAGGCGACACAGACCAGUUUCUCUCCCCCCCCCCCCACCAACCCAGGAUCGUUUUACACUUCUUCACUGUCGGAGGAAAGAAGGAAAUCUAAACAUGAAGGAAUAUGUCCAUUUGCUUUUCUGACGAAUAAAAAAAAGAGCAGAUUCCGUUUCGCUGAGCUGAUGUGAUCGGCACCACGAUGCCCUUCCGACAAUCGCAGUGUGGGCUCUGCGGGGUUUGACGAGGCCCGCUUUUCAGUCUGGAAAUUUCUUGCUCAGGAAAGCAGUUCGGGUUUUCUGACUACAAAGCAUUUUUUUUUUUUUUUACUGCAUCCCCCGGCAUAAAGGAUGCGAACUGUAUCGGCAGUUAAUUUUUUUUAAAUGACUCUUUUAAACAUAGUUAUUGCCGCCUUUGGAGUAAACAGUUGAAGGAUUUCUUUUUUUUAAAAAAAAAUCUUUUAUGGGAUUAUUUUUAUUCCUGUGUGAUCGGCGGCUGUGAGCAAAGAUGGUAAAUUUGAGGAGGCUGCUGCGAGUGUCCAACCGGUCCUUCCUGGCCUUUAUUUUUUUCUUUUCGCUCUCCACGUCCUGUCUCUACUUCAUUUACGUGGCCCCCGGAAUAGCAAACACCUACUUCUUCAUGGUUCAAGCCCAAGGAAUGAUGCUGAGGGACAACGUCAGAACAAUAGGACACAUGAUCAGAUUGUACACGAUCAAGAACAGCACUCUUAAUGGCACAGAUUACCCUGAUGGCAGUAACUCCAGUGAAUAUAUCGCUCAACCUACAACAUACCUUCCAGAGAAUUUUACUUACGCCCAGAACCUCCCUUGUCCUGAGAAGUUACCUUCUAUGAAGGGUCGUAUUGAUGUCAAUAUGACAGAAAUAACAAUGGAAGAAAUUCACCAGAGAUUUUGCAAGUCCCUGGACAUUCAGAUCGCCGGGCACUGGAAGCCAAAAGACUGCAAACCUCAUUGGAAGGUGGCAGUCCUCAUUCCUUUCCGAAACCGCCAUGAACACCUCCCCAUAUUGUUUCGACACCUGAUUCCCAUGCUCCAGCGACAGCGCCUGCAGUUUGCCAUCUAUGUAAUUGAGCAGACUGGCGCCCAGCCCUUUAACCGUGCCAUGCUGUUCAACGUCGGGUUCAAGGAGGCCAUGAAGGACCUGGACUGGGACUGUCUCAUCUUCCACGACGUGGACCACAUCCCAGAGAACGAUCGGAAUUACUAUGGCUGUGGACAAAUGCCCCGGCACUUUGCUGCUAAACUCGACAAGUAUAUGUAUAUUCUUCCCUACAGCGAGUUCUUUGGAGGGGUGAGUGGGCUGACCGUGGAGCAGUUCCAGAAGAUUAAUGGAUUUCCGAAUGCUUUCUGGGGCUGGGGUGGAGAGGACGAUGAUCUUUGGAACAGAGUGCAUUAUGCAGGACUCAACGUGACGAGGCCCGAGGGAGACUUGGGAAAAUACAAAUCAAUUCCACAUCACCACCGAGGAGAAGUACAGUUCCUGGGGAGGUACAAGUUACUAAGGUACUCCAAAGAACGGCAGCACCUGGAUGGUCUGAAUAACUUGAACUACACCCCAGAAAUCACUUUGAGUAGUUUGUAUAAAAAUAUAACAGUGAACCUCACUCCAGAACUCGCUCCUGUUGGGGACUACUGAAGCAGCAUCAGCUUCGAGCGGGAACGCACUCCUGGGCAGAUGAAGAUCGCGGGUGGAAACCCAUGUCCGCGCAGUAUUUGGAGCAUGGUGUAACAUUGCCAAUUUAUUUUGUGAAGGUUUUAUGAGCGGAUUUAGGGCCUGUGUAAUCGAACAAUUCCGUGUGUGUCAUUGCAUGUUAAGUGUCUGUGCUGGCUUUUGCUAAUAAACUCACAUCACACUAUAAAAGGAAGGAUGCCAGCAUCAGCAAAUAAGACAUUUACUGCAUAGCCUUAAAGAAAACUGUAGGCUUUGUAUCACCAUAUUUGUUCAAAUGAAAAGCCACUAAAGUAAACAAGUUAAUGUUACAUUAGGAGCCAAUAGAGAACUUUGUCCUAACAUUUAUUGUUUUUACAUAUCACGUUUUUUUUUGUUUGCAACGAAAAAUUUGUUUCCUUAAGAAAAAAAAAAGUGCAGGUGAUUGUAUAUGUGAUGUAAAUUUGCAUUACGUGUUGUAAUUGUUUUGUUUUUUUUUGUUUUUUUUACUUUUUAGUAGCACUCCUGUUCAUAUGUAAGCAUUUUCCAUUCCUCUGGCUGUAUAGUGUACUGUAGAGACCAUUUGCAUGAAGAGAACAUGUGUAAAUACAGGCCUUUUUAAAAGAAUUUAGCAAAUUAUUAAGCAUAUUCCAAUGCAUAUUUUUUUGGCAGCUAUAACCUUUUCACAUUAUUGAAUAACUGGGGCUGUAAGAGAAUCGCAGGCCGAGAAUUUGUUGGGGAAACCGUUUUAGAACAAAAACGGAGGUAAAAAUGUAUGUUUUGAUAGUAAAGACUGGCACGGCCUUAUUUCUUAACUA